AUGUCUCUCAAACGUAAAGCGGCCGACAUCGCCCUCGAAGCGGCCAAGAAGCCGAAGCAAAAUGCCUCAAUCACCGCUUUCUUCGGCCAACCCAAGCCGACUGUCUCCAGCCCAGCAGCGAGCGCGACUAAAGCCACCAUCACCAGCUCAGCACCGAGUUCAUCUCAACCCGCUUCAUCGCCCACCACCGCUUUCCCAGUCGCCGAGAUUACUGCCACCCCGAAGUUCGACAAGACGGCGUGGCUGGCCAAGCUCUCCCCCGAACAGCAGGAACUGCUCAAGCUCGAGAUCAAUACGCUCGAUGAGUCCUGGCUGGCUGUGCUGAAAGACGAAGUCACGAGCAGAGAAUUCCUAGAUUUGAAGAGAUUCCUCAAAAAGGAAGCUGAGACGGGCAAGAAAAUCUUCCCGCCCAGUGAAGACGUGUAUAGUUGGUCCCGCCACACCCCCCUCCACACCGUCAAAGCCGUCAUCAUAGGCCAAGACCCCUACCACAACAUCAACCAAGCCCACGGCCUCUGCUUCUCCGUCCGCCCGCCCACCCCCGCCCCUCCAAGUCUCAAAAACAUCUACAUCGCGCUGAAAAAAGACUAUCCAACCUUCGAACCCCCACCUAACAAAGGCGGCCUGCUCACCCCCUGGGCAGACCGCGGCGUCCUCCUCCUCAACACCUGCCUGACGGUCCGCGCGCACGAAGCCAACAGCCACGCGGGCAAAGGGUGGGAGCGCUUCACGCAGAAAGUCAUCGACACCGUCGUUGCGAGGCGCAAGGCGGGAGUCGUGUUUCUCGCUUGGGGAAAUCCAGCGCAGCAGCGAUGUAAGGCGAUUUCCGGGGCGAGGCAUCUCGUGCUCAAGUCUGUGCAUCCUAGUCCGCUGUCGGCUAUGCGGGGUUUCUUGGAUUGCGGGCAUUUCAAGAAGGCGAAUGAGUGGUUGAGGGAGAGGUAUGGGGAGGAGGGGCCGAUUGAUUGGAAUUUGAACGUGGCGCCGGAGAAGGCGGGAGUGUAA